AUGCUCACCAACUCACGAACGCCCUCCUCCGCCCUCCUCCUGCUUUUGACCGCAACCGCCGCCGCUGCCGCCCUCGCCACGCCAGCUCCACCGCAGCUCGAACCCCGUGCCGACGAGUCCCUUGACGGGACGCUCUUCUGCGGCAACUUUGCGACGGGCGCCAAGGGCACGGCGUCUGGCCUGCUGACGGAUCUGGAUGCUGGGGCGCACGGCAAGAUCUCUCGCAAGGAGUUCACUGUUGCUGCGGGCGGGUGUCAGCGUGUUACCUGUUGGGACACUACUGGUAUUUAUGUUUGCAAUGACGAAUCCACAACCCUCACCCUCAGUGGUAACGACGUCUGGUACGCGGCCAACAGCGUAUACAAGCUCUGCUGCCGGCAGGACUACUCCGGCCUCACCUACAACCCGGGCAUCUCUGGGCAGAAAUUCAUCCGGACGGAUACACACGAUUAUAACGUCGUCAUCGGGUAUGGAGACUGCAAACACCCUGUCGAUGUUCGGCCUUCGGCGCAGGGCGGUGGGGGAGUGAACCCUUCUUGUGUGGGUGGGGAUAUCAAUGUUUAUGAGAGCUGA